CUUGAGGUCACGCCAGCUGCUUCGUACAGUUCCAAACCACCACCCAUAGACCAUGGCGCGUUUACGAGUAUUGCGAGCUUCCACCAAAGCCGCAUUACUCGUGGCCGGAGGAGCUGCGGUCGCUCAAGCACCCUUGAGAUUCCCGACAGCUUAUGCAGAAGCUCCCUUGAAAGAUGAAAUACCAGACAAGAAACCCAUAUACUCCUCUUAUGAACCUUCUCCUACGACCCCGACACUUCCCGCGGCAGAUGAUACUCCUCCAGCAGCCCUAAAACAGCCACACCCGACAUAUCCUACUCCCACAGACAGACUUGCCGAGCAGGUCAAGACGGCGAGACUUUUCCUGUACAGACAGUCCCUUUCGGCCGAGAAUGGCGUCAACGACCUCAUGACCUGGGCCUUUAGAAAAGAAACCAAUCUAGCCAACACGAUCGCGUCUCUGGCACCUUCGCCGGAGAGCGGGGAGCAGCUUCUCCCGGGGGCGAUUUACGUCUUGGUGUCGACGAUGGCCGGGUCGAUAGUCACUCGAAACCGGGGCAUCUUCGUGAGAGCUACUUUCCCCCUGGCGGUCGGCAUCACGGCUGGCUGGAUGCUGAUACCGGUCACCAUGAGAAACACGUCGGACCUGAUCUGGGAGUACGAGAAGAGAGUGCCGGCAAUCAGCGAGACACACUUGCAGAUAAGGGACGCGGUGCAGGAAACUUGGAGGCAAGCCAGAACUUACGCACAGGGGGCGACCCGUUGGGCUGAUGACACGGCGAGCGAAACUCGGAAAAAGGUCGAAGAUUUAGUGUCGAAAGGCAAAUAAAUUUGGUCGUCUUGUUCCUGGCCCGGAAGGUCUGUGUGUAGGUAUGAGUGAGCUUACCUCUGGGCUACUGACUUGUCCCUCAUGUAUAGAAAAUUGAAAAUGGUUUCGAAUUUCUGAUGUCGACUCCGGUUGACCAUGUGCGUGACUUGUCGGAUUCCCAUCAACGACAACAUGAGGAAGCUGGAGUAUGAUCAGGCGGUGCUGGGCGCGUUUCGAUAAAAAGACGACUGGGCUCCUGGCCCUAGCGACUGCCCCGGCAAGUAUUCAACGUGCACACAUGUAUGAGCCCACAUUCGCCAUUCAUCAACACAAGCGCCGAUCUUCAACUCCCUUGUCGUAACUCUCCAAGACGGCGAUCAGCGUUAAUAACGAGCAGACUGGACCCUCGACGAAACUGAAUGCUAUUUCGAUCUAGCGACACGUGACUCUCCUUUUUCUUUCCAACGAAGACACAAAUUCCGCAAUACCCGCUCCAGCCUCGUAUGAAUCACUGAGAUCCGCGAGGGCUUUGAAAUCGUUUCGUGUCCGUCUAUACGCUAUCCUAUCUCGAUUGAUCCGUUCCAUCUUUUUAUUUGGAUUUAUGGGUAUCUUGCUUUCACAAUGUCGUGCUCUCGUACAAUCUAAUUCUCCAUGGGCUGAUAUGAGUCACUUGGCGGCAUGAUCGAAGAGAUGUUGUUAUGCUCGGUGUGUACAUAAAAAAGGGC